CGCACAGAGCUGGUAUCGAUCCUAUCAUGGUGCUAGCUCCGAGACAGUAUAACUAGUGAGCUGGAACGUUACAGCUUUCAGUCACAUCCCUACCCCUCACAUUCACCAUGGCCGCUCCCACAACUAAGAACAUCCACGACCUUGACGGCAAGUGGGUUUGGAACCGCCAGCUCUCGGACCCCUUUGGCGAGAUUCUGGAGAUCCAGGGCGUCAACGCCGUCAUCCGCAAGACAAUGAACCUCGCCUCCCUCGCAAUUCACAAGCGCGAGUACCGCGGUCCCCCAGCGCCAGGAGGGAAGAAGAGCGACGAGCCACCGCUUGCGCCCCCCGUCCCCGCUGAGGUGUGGCACCUCGACUGCAAGCACGUCAUGACUGGCGGUCUCAAGGCCACGACCGAAGUGCGAUGCUUUGACGGACAGGUGCGCGAGAUUGGUGACUGGAUAUUCGGGACGAUGUACACCAAGAACCUCCUCCUCGACUUCGCCGAGUUGCUCUCCCUUGACACAUUCCUCAAGGGCACCGAAAAACGCGGGCCGUGGCUCGACGAGGGCGAGCUCAUCUUCACCGAGGCGAGCAGCCCGUCCGGAUGGGUUGUGACCCAGAUCUGGGGGUUCCAGAUGGUCGACGUGCGUGGCAACAUGGAGCGGCGCCUCGCCCGCAACAUUGUUGCGAAGCGUAACAAGGACGGCAAGCGGGCCAAUGUGCGACUCGUCUAUGACUGGGGAGGCUGAAGCGAGGCUCUGCCCCCUCCUUGACAUUCUCUGACAUGGAUACGUAAAGCACAGUCAACUGAGAUAAGCGCAGCAGACUAUCAAAGAGAUGCAUUCAC